CCUAGUCAAAUCAUAACGCAAAGCAAUCACUAAUUAUUAAUUGAGUUUUUUUUUCAUUUCAAAUCAAGAAUUUAUAUAGAUUAACAAAACAGUUUGGCGUUAAGCGAAUUUUUUUAUUGGGAAUCAAUAUUUAUUUGAGUUCGAUUUCUGAAACUUUUUCAUUUUACUUAAGUGGAAAAUAAAAAAAAGAAUAAAAGAAAAAAAAAAGCAGAAUUUGUAUAUACAAAGAAAGAGGGAAAAUAGUGGAAACGAUAAAAAAAGCGCGUGAAUAGUUUGCGGCAGUAAUCUCACUUAUUUGAAAUCAACUUGAAAAAGUAGUAGUGUGCGUGCGAAUUGGUAGUUAUUAUAUGAGAGCACCAAAUAAAAUGGACGUAGAAAAAGCCGUUAAUAACGACCUAGAUAGAGAGUCUUCAGGGACUGUACCAAAAAAACGCGGGCGUCCCUCUAAACCGGAUACACCAAAAAAAAUUCCGACUGGUCGCGGUCGAGGUCGACCAGCAAAGAAAGCCGGAACUAUUCCAGCGAAACCGGUCGCAAAAAUUCAUAAUGACGAUGUUUCUGAAGAGGAUGAAGGUACUUCUGGUGAUGGCCCCGUAACUGUUAGCCGGGGUAGACCAUCUAAACUAAAUAAACCAAAGCUUCGCAUUGAGGCAACUGGUAAAGGUCGCGGACGGCCAAAGAAAAUGCCUAAGCCUGAUGAAGAAGACGAUGAUGAUGAUCGCCAAUUGAGUAAUUCUAAGUCUGCAAGACCAUCACCGAAGAAGUUGACAGGUCGAGGACGUGGUCGGCCUAAAAAAAUUAAAAAUAGUGAAGAUGAGAGCUCUGACGACAAAAAUGAUGAUGAAGAGGAACGCCGAACAGUUGGUCGGCCCCCUACCGGCGGAGUGAAUCUAAACAUAGAGCGUACAGGACGUGGCCAAGGCCGUCCUAAGAAAGGCGUUGCUGUAAAACGGACCGCGAACGGCGAUAGCGAUAUCUCAAAAAAACGAGGACGGCCUGCAGCUUCUAACAAACAAUCGUACAAGCCGACGGGAAAGCCACGUGGACGUCCAAGCGCCAAUAAGAGCGGUGCCGUUAAUUCUCAGGACGAGGAUGACAAUAAAUCUGAUGAUGAUGAUAUCAACAAGUCGAAAACUGCGGAUGAUCUUAGAUCCUAUCUCGUUAGCGAUGAUGACAAAGAUAACGAUAAUGAUAAAGAUAACGACAUUGAUAAUGAAAACGACGAUGAUAAUGGUAAUGAUAAUGACGAUAAUGAGAACGAAAACGAGGAUUGAAGGAUGCGUGUUUGUCGGAGAAGUGAAAAUUAAAAGGAACAUUAAUUAUAACAAGCUCCUACACAUUAGGAGUUAAUUAGUUUAAGAUAUAUUCUACUUUAAGUAUUUUCAUAGAUUUGUUUUUUCAUAUAUCCACUAUGUGCUUUCUUAAAUGUUUAAAUAAUAAGAUGUGCUCCUUAAAACAGGAAAAUAUAAAGAGAUGUCAACUGAGAUCGAAAGCGUAUAGUACGUUAAGGUUACGUUUUUUUUUCUUAGUUUUUUCGUUUCAUACCAUCUGAAUUUUUUACUAUGUAGUUGAAAAAUAAAUUAUAUCAUCAAUUAGAAAAAUAA